AUGCGUACUGUCGGAGAUUCUAGUUCUGAGUUAAGAAGAAGAAGAAAACGGUCAGUGUUUACUAAAGAACAAAUACAUAUUCUUAAGAAGUAUUUUAAAAAGAACUCCUAUCCUGGAUUUGAAGAAAGAGAGAAACUUUCCAAGUUGACCAAUAUUCCUGAAGAUCGAAUACAUGUGUGGUUUCAUAAUAGGAGAGCUAGACAAUCCUUACAACAAAAAAAACAGACAUCUGAGUGUUCUAUCAGCUUAAGCCUGGAUAAUGUAUCUUCAGGUCCAAUUCUGGAAGAGGACUUCUCUAAGCAAGAACUUUCCAUACUCACUACAUUUAGGCACCCUUCCCAUGCAGAUGAGCCUGUUCAGGAAGCUGGCCCAAGGAAUGGUUGCUCCCAUGAGAGGAGUGCAGCUUCAACAACUGAGCCUAUUUGCUCAUAUGGAUAUGGCGCUCCCCAAAGGAAUCCUUUGUUCUCCUCCCAAAUCAUGGGUCCACCAAAUGAAUUUCCACUUUGUGACCUCCCCAGGUCAACCUUCCAGGGAAGGUCCAACCAGUGGUCAUCUUCCUGGGCCCUUAAGGGAACCCAAGGGUCAGAGAACCCUAACACACCCAACUCCUUUUAUGGAGGAGGGAAGCCACCACUGCAUUUCCAGAAGCAAGACUGGGCAACGGCACUAUUAUAUUCAAACGGAUCGACCAUUGCCUUUCCAGGGUACAGUGGAUCUGCUCCCACAUCAGCUGCAGCAACCACACUCCCAACAGAAUUACCCCAGCAAUCUCACCCCCACCAGUUAUCAUCCCUGAAGCUGGUGCCCCAGCACCCCUGUGCCACAGGACCCUGCCUUUCAAGUACAACAUCCCAACUCAUUUCAACAUCAGUCACAGGAGCUUCACAUUCAGACACUGACACCAUUAUAAAGGAAGAAGAGCAGGACUGUGAAUCAUUCUGUUCAUGA